CGCGUGACGCCGUCCCCGACGUCGACCGCGCAUACAACUCACAUCGUAGGCAAUGGCAGACAGCAACACUUCGGGUUCCCAGCAUGGAUUAUCGAAUGGCACGCCAGGUCCCUCCGUGCCUAAAGCUAUCGGGAGCCUUGCGAAGAAGCAGGCAGACGUCACUAGACUCGGGACGCAGAAAUUAAAAUUUGUGCCCACUCUGCCCGCCAGGAGGAAGAAAGAAGGGGAAGUCAAACAAGAAGAAAAUGUCCCGAAACCCGCUACCUCCGAACGAGGGCGGGGGCGCGGUAGGGGACGAGGCGAGGGCAGGGGAGGUGGUAGAGGAGGCGCGAGGGGGGGAGCACCCCCCGUUGAGAUGACUGCUAGCGGCCCCUUUGCCAUGGGCCCUGCCAUGGCAGGCUCCUCUGCUCGCAGGAGCACACCCCGGUCGAACUUCACUCCCAUAGUACCUCUGGGCCCUGGCCCCUCUUCUCUAGGCGCAGGACUUACCAGCUCUGCCCCGCCCGCUCUGAAGAGAGAAAAGGACAAGGAUACCGACCGCGUGAAGGUGGAAGACGACGACGAGGUGUACUCUGAGCCGGACGAGGGGGUGGAGAUUGUGGACAUGGAAAAUGUCAGGCAAAUGGAUUGGAUGGCACCGGAGAGUUUGAGAAAGGAGAAGGACGACGCCAAGAAGAAGAAGAAGCAGGCUAAGGAAACAGAGGCAGCCGCCGCCGAGGUCGAUCUUGCCAAUGCGGUCGACCUCAGCGAAAGCGAGGAAGAAGAAGAACUAGAAGACAUUAUCGAGGACUUUGCGCUCGAAGCCGAGCCACUAGAAGAGAGCGACGUUCGCCAGGAACGCUUGUACUUCUUCCAAUUCCCAGAACCCUUCCCAACCUUCGUACCGAGGCAGCCACUACCAGAUGCAGCUCCGAUCGACGUGGACAUGCCUGAUCCCAGUACAUUAACCGACGGUUCUGAUGCAAAAGGUAAACGAGUAUCAUUCGCCAACGACACGAAGCCUCCGGCUGCUUCCCCCACUCCUGCUUCUGCUCCUGGGGCUGACGGUAUCGGACUGGCACCGGACCAGAAACCAGAAGAAGUUAAACUCGACGGACAAAUAGGCCAGCUCGAGAUAUAUCAAAGCGGCGCGGUCAAAAUGCGACUGGGAAAUGGCAUUCUCAUGGACGUCACCGCGGCCACCCAGCCCUCCUUCCUUCAACAUGCUGUAUACCUCGACAUGGACAACAAACGGUUGUGCGUGCUGGGAGAAGUGAACAAGCGCUUCGUAGUGACCCCGAACGUGGACGCGCUGCUCGACGAUCUCGCCUCGAUUGGCAUCGCAGAUGAACUGCAAAUCGACGAAGAAGGGCUGUUCAAGAUGGACACAGAUAGCUGAUGGUAAUUACAUCUAUGGCAUAUGGCUUGCACACAGUCCCGCUAAGAUACAUUAUGUACAUCCUAAAACAUUGUAUGUCGUCGACCGUCAUCAUUCAUCGUCGUAAAUCAUCGUUAGUCCCUG